GCACCCACACCCACAAGAUGAUAUCUGCUUCAUCUGGUCUUUGCUUCCCACAAUCACCCAUCUUCUUCAAUCGAUUAACAACCCUCACUCAACAACCUCCUUCUAUUUCUGUUUCUAAUCAACAAUUUCAACCCACCAGAAGAGAACUGUUCAACUUCUCCAUCUUCACCAUCAUAAUCAAUGCCCCUUCCAAAUGCAGCUGGGCUCAAGCAGAGGAGUUGCUACACCUCCAAAGGUACACAGACACCAACCAAGGUUUUACACUCCUCAUACCCACAUCUUGGAUCAAGGUUGAAAAAGCUGGAGCCACUGUGCUGUUUGAGGAUCCCAACAAAGGAGGUAACAAUGUAGGGGUUGUAGUAACACCAGUUCGUCUCACCACUCUCCGUGACUUUGGGGAUCCUCAAUUUGUUUCAAAUAAACUCAUUCAAGCUGAAAAACGCAAGGAAAGCACAAAAGAUGUAGAAAUAGUGUCAUUCAAGGAGAGAGGAGGAGAAAUAUACGAGUUUGAAUACAAGAUAGAUAGCACAAGGGGAGGAAUAAAGAGGAUAUUUUCAGCUGCGUUUGUUGCAUCCAAGAAGCUUUACCUUCUAAACAUAGCUCAUUCAGACAAUCCUCAGCAACCCAUCACUGACCAGACAAGAAUGAUGCUGGAACAAGUUCUUCAUUCCUUCGCACCAGCAACUACUCCUCAAAUUUAAAUUGUAUACAAAUGAAAUGGCAUUUUAGAUGAUUUUAAUCUUGUAAUCGUAGAGUUUUCACUCUUCAAACAUUGAAUUAUCAACGUUUAUGUACUAAAAACCAGUAAUACAGAGUUUCACACCUACGAUAAUUGAUUUUGUC